AUGCCCCCAGCGGCUGCGGUCGUGGGGCGGAGCGUCACGAGGGCCUUCCGGCACCUUUCCACGCAGGAUCUGCACACGCGCCGCGUGGAGGAGGCGUACCGCGUCGUGGUGGAGUGCGUCGCGGCGGUGGACCCGGCGAUGCGGCUGUACAUGUUCGGCUCCACCGCGGUUUACGGCGUGCACGAAAAAGGCAGUGACGUGGACUUUGUCGCGCUCAGCAAGACGGACGUGGAGGACGGGAAGGGCGAGGACGCCGCGACGCAGGUGGCGAAGGGGCUGCAGGCCGAGUUCCUUGGAAAACUGGCCAGGGUGGUGCGGCAGAGGCACUUCUCGUGGAACGUGGAGGAGGUGCGGCGCACGCGCGUCCCGGUCGUUCGUGUGAAGGACGGGAGCAGCGUGGACUUCGACAUCACCGUGAACCGACGCAACGGGGUGCGCAACAGCGCGCUGCUGCGGGCCUACUUUGAGCAGGACCCGCCGUGCCGCUGGCUGAGCAUGGGGGUGAAGCGGUGGAGCAAGCGGGCGGGGCUGAACGCCUCCGUGGUUGGCGGCAGCAUCACCUCCUACGGGUUCAACUUGAUGGUGGUCUACUACCUGCUGCGGCGCGGCGCCCUGCGCUUCAUCCCGCCCGCCGCCAUAGACGUCGCGCAGGUGCCGCCGGUGCCGCCGUACCUGCCGCUGGAGCCGCCGCGGAACGACGGGGCGGAGCUGGGCGAGCAGGUGCUGGAUUUCCUGCAGUUUUACCUACACGAGUUUGACGCGGCCCACCACGUCAUCUCGCUGAGCCGCCCGGGCAUCACGACGAAGGAGCAGUUGAACUGGACGAAGAACGCGGAGGAUCGCGCCCGCAUGAACGGCGAGAAGAUUAACUACCAGUGGUGCAUCGAGGACCCGUACGAGCUGAACCUGAACGUUGGAAGAAAUGUGACGCCGCUUAAGCGUGACUUCCUGCGCAGGCACCUGGAGAAGGCGCGGGAGACGGCCCUCCUAACCGCCACCGAAUAG